AUCCACUGAUCUCGCUCUCUCACCCGGAAGUGGUCCAACGCUCAUACGUGCCUUUACAAUGAUUAAAAUCUGAACUUUUUGGACAUAAUAUGUGGUUAAAUAUUUAGAAGAAAUUAUCUCUAAUGAAUGUACAAUGUCAGGUCGCAAACGAAGCCGAGAGCACCACGAGGACAGACAUGAACGAAAGAAACACAAGGAAGCAAAACAAGACGAAGACAAAUUCCAAAACCAAACCAGAAAACUGAUUCACGAGGUGCAGAAACUCAAGCAUGUGGAGACUUUCUAUGAAAAUCCUCCUCCUGGGCUCAUAAAGGACGAGGAUGACAGACCAGAGGACUGUAUUCCUGAUAACCCUGGCAAUGAGGACGCUAGGAGCUUUUUGGCUCACGCUCCCACCAAAGGACUGUGGAUGCCUCUGGGCAAAGAGGUGAAGGUCAUGCAGUGCUGGAGAUGUAAGAAGUACGGCCACAGAACAGGAGACAGAGAAUGUCCUUUCUUCAUCAAAGGCAACCAGAAACUGGAGCAGUUCAGAGUGGCACACGAGGAUCCAAUGUACGACAUCAUCCGUGAAAACAAACGCAAUGAAAAAGAGACUAGGAUCGAGCAGUUGAGACAGCUGCUUCAAGACACCACCUCCGACUCUGACUCCACCUCGUCUUCCUCUGCCUCCUCCGAUCACACCCAGAAGAAGAAGAAGAAGAAAAAAGAGAAGAGGAAGAAAGAAAAGAAGAAACACAAGAAGAAAAAGAAGAAGCACAAGGCCAAGGCUAGCGAUGACUCAGAUACAGAUUAAAACAAGGCCAUUGGUCUGGGCGUCUCAGUGCUCUUCAUAGAAGCUCAUAAGGUCUGCAGUGGUGCAUCAGCCCUAUCAAAUAUACACAGGAGACUUCCCAUCAGUUCCCCAGGCCGUCUUCAGACCUGCUUAAUAAUGCAUGGAUGCAUUUAAUCCCCUGUCACAUUGGAAUGCUUAGGAUAUGUGCAUCUCUAUCAGAGUUCCAAUAGCUGGUCCCUAUCAGAUUGUUAAUGUGUUUGUACAGAACGCUUUCUGAAUGUAUGCUGAUUUACAUUUUGCGAAUGUGUCAUUGUGAAAAUAGUUGACGAGAGCUUAUAACACAUACCAUCUGCUGUCGUGAACAGUGACGUACAUAAGUGUCAUGUAAAUAAAUCAAUGACUAUG